AUGGAAAUACCGCUUACAUCUGUGCAGGGCGUAAUGGGUCGUCAAGCAAUGCUACCAUGUGACAUAACACCAAUGGAACGAGAUGAUGCUGUUUAUAUGGUACUUUGGUUUCGUGAGGGUGACGUACCGCUUACAUCUGUGCAAGGCGUAAUGGGUCGUCAAGCAAUGCUACCAUGUGACAUAACACCAAUGGAACGAGAUGAUGCUGUUUAUAUGGUACUUUGGUUUCGUGAGGGUGACGGUGAGCCCAUAUACAAUUUCGAUGUACGCGGUCGCCAAUUUGGUCAAGCACGUCUCUGGUCAUCACCAACUGCAUUCGGUUCACGUGCAUACUUCAGUGGUACAUCCCAUCCAGCACAAUUGAAAAUCGAUAACGUCAGCAUAAAUGAUGAAGGAGUAUACCGCUGCCGCGUGGAUUUCCGCAAUUCUCCAACAAGGAAUCUAAAAAUUAAUCUUACAGUAAUCGUGCCACCAGAUCGACCGAUUAUCUUUGGUCCUAAUCGACAUGAUAAAGUCAACACCGUCGAAACAUUCAAUGAGGGAACAAACAUAAUAAUGGCAUGCGAAGUUUCUGGCGGACGUCCACGUCCAAAUGUAACAUGGUAUUUGGAUAAUACGGUGAUUGAUGAAUCAUUCGAGCACUAUUCGGAUGGGAAAACUGUUAACCACUUGUCAUAUCCAAAUAUUGGACGACAACAUUUAAAUUCGAGAUUAGUUUGUGUGGCAAGCAAUACAAACCUGACCCCACCAAGUAACAAAGUGGUUAUACUCGAUGUCAAUUUAAAACCCGUUGCUGUACAUAUAAUGACAAAGGAUAGAUUUCUUUCCGCUGAUAGAACAUAUGAUAUUGAAUGCAAAUCAUCUGGUUCAAAGCCAUCAGCUGUCAUAACCUGGUGGAAAGGCAAUAAGCAGUUGAAAAAAUUAACCAAAAAUUUUAACGAACCCGACAAUGAAUCUUUGAGUAUAUUAACAUUCACGCCCGCCCGCGAUGAUGACGGUAAAUUUUUGACAUGCCGCGCACAAAAUCAAUUCAUCGAGGGCAGUGCAAAGGAGGACAAAUGGCGGCUUGUGGUGCACUAUCAACCAACAGCUCAUCUCAAAAUGGGUUCUUCAUUGAAUCCUGAUGAUAUAAAGGAAGGUGAUGAUGUUUACUUUGAAUGCAUAAUACAAUCAAAUCCCAAACCAUAUAAAAUGUCUUGGUUUCAUAAUGGCAAGGAAUUGCAUCACAACAUCUCAGUUGGCGUCAUCCUUUCUGAUCAAUCACUUGUCCUACAAAGUGUGGUACGUGCAUCAGCAGGUGAUUACACUUGCGUUGCUGUGAAUUCAGAGGGAAAAGGCACGAGUAAUCCUGUGACAUUACGAGUUCGCUAUGCACCCAUUUGUGCCACCGAUCAUGAGGAGCUGUUGGGCGCCCUCAAGCACGAAACGCUGGCAUUAAAAUGUGAAGUGGAUGCAUCACCGCCUGCGGAUUCAUUUCAUUGGACAUUUAACUCAUCUGGCGAACAAACAGAAUUGCCUGCACGAUUGCACUCGAGUGAAGUAAGUACCACUAGUCCACUUAAUGAACAAAACCGUCCAUCCGCACUCGCUGCUUGUUGCCAUAUCCGUACUCGACUGCAACUACUAUUUGUAACUAGUAACACGUCUCGCUUUAAUUUUGGGGGAUAA